AACACCAGUCCAGCUCCCCCAAUACGAUGAGACUGUUCGAGUCAUCAAAAAUCAUUAAUCCCGUCUAUACUCUCCAGUUUCCGAUUCUCAUACUGCGACUGGUGGGAUAUGUCUGGGCGAUAUGGAGAAGUUCGACGCCGUCGGCCACGACUCUGGACAGGAUAUCUGCAGGCUGCAAAGAUCCGGAAUACAUGAUAUAUGUUUCAACCCCGCUCAGAUUGGAGCUAUGUGGUACUGCGAAGUCUCCGGCACGCCGCUCGCAUUCUGCGCUAUUCCGAUGCGUUGGUUGAACUGGGCAUCCAGACGCGAAUGUCCCACUUUCUCAACGCGACAUCUUCGCGGAGCAGCUUGACACGACCGCGAUGGAUCCGAACCACCCUGUGUAUGGAUCCUCAAGCUCGUGAUUGUUUUCUAUCCCAAAUGGCUCAAGCAAAGCGAUGUUGCCGAUGCCCAGGGAGUCCUGGUUUUUACUCAGGAGAGAGUAUAGCGGGAGGUGUCACGACUCCUUCGACCGGUCCAUCCUUGAUGCUAUUCAGCCCAUACUCUCUGCUAUCAUGGCCCUGUCGCGUGUCCGAGCCGAGGAGAGCAAGUCGACACGAACACGGUGGCAUACAUUUUGAAUAUCCCUACUCAGC